CCCUGUUUCUCCUCCCAGGCCCAGGUGAGAGGAAGAUGAAGGUCCUGCUGGUGCUGACGAUGCUGUUUGCCUGCAGUGUGUUCACAGCGCACGGGAAGCACCCACGCCCGUUCACACCGGGACUCGAGGGAAGCACCGUGGGAAACCUGACUGCCCAUGGAUGCUACAGGGGAUGGGGCACCUCGAGGGCUUCGGUGGAUCGGUGCUGCCUGCUCCGAGCCUGCUGCUAUGCCAGGCUGGCAGCGCGGCGCUGCCCGGCGGGACCGGCCCAGCCGCUGUCUGCGCCCCGGGCAGGGAUCCCCGCCUGCAGUUCGGGGACGCGCUGCCAGCGAGGCGCCUGCAGGUGCGAGAGGGCGAUGCUGCUGUGCCGGGCUCGCCUGGGCCGGGCUCAGCUCCGCCGCCGCGCCGGGUGCCGGGGACGAGCCGGGCGCUGCUGA